GCUUUGCUGUGCAUAUUGUACGGCGGGUGUUUAAAGAAUGAUGUUCAGUUUGUACUAAAGUCAUAGAUUUUGUACGCUUUAAUGCAGAAUUUGAUGCUUUAGUUCUUAAGUAAACAGCUUGCAGCAAUGCAGGUGUGAGUGCAAGUUAAAUUUGUCAUUUCUGAUCUAAGGGUACAAGAGGGAUUAGCUAGCUAGCUAACGUUAUCAGAAAGUGCUCUGUUCAGUCAUUCAUGUCUUUGCGGAAACUGGCUCAGCAAACAAGGGUGUUCGGUUAAUUUAGAGAGGAAUAGUAGUUAGAAUAGGAUAUUAUAUGUGAUACUAGCUAUAUACGUAUGGAGACGAAGUUAUCCUUGUGAGCAAUAAACCACGUUGAAUCGUCGCCAUGCGGGACCUCGAGAUUAAGGGCAUGGUGUCUGCCCAUGCCAUCAUCGCUUCCUCCAUCUUCGUAGCGACCGUUAUGCCGCUUUUCUUCGUGGACAACUUCUCCAUUUAUGGGACCCAUCUGACCUGGUUGUAUUCGGUGUCCGGAUCGGUAUCUGUCGUCAACAUCACCGUCUUCUGGCUUCUGGGGAUCAGUCCGCCUACCAAGAAGCACACCCUGAGUUACAAGGUGUCCAGAGCGGUCAGGUCCUGUUUGUACUUCAUCCUCUCCUGCUUGCUCUUCCAUGCUGUUGUGGUCCUGUAUGGCGCACCUCUGCUGGAGUCAGCCUUAGAGACCUUCUCCCUGGCAGUUCUGCUCUCCAGCCUCACCACACUGAGGUGUCUGUGCGUUCUGGGCCCCAGCGUGCAGGCCUGGAUCCGGGUCUUCAGCCGUGAUGGGGCGAUGUCGGUCUGGGAUACCUCUCUCCAGAUCACCACAGCCUGCAGUGUAAUCGGAGCUUGGCUCGGAGCGUUCCCCAUCCCCUUGGACUGGGACCGGCCCUGGCAGGUGUGGCCAAUCUCCUGCUCCCUGGGGGCGACUCUCGGGUUCCUGACGGGUCUCGUCAUCGCCCCUGCCUGGAUCCACUGGCACCGUAAGCAACUCACGUACAAGAGCAAGUAGUGGGGGGUGCAACGAGAGUGGACAGAAAGGUGUAGGUGAACCCCAAAACCAACGGGACGUCCCAGUGUGGUGCGGAAUACCAAAGAGGGCUCCCAAAAACGAAGCCAAGACUCUGUUAUGCAAAAAAAACUGGACACAAAAGAUGUUUUUGGUCUAUAUUUAAGAGAAAUAUCUGUACUUUUUUUUUUUUUUUACAUAUUUAUGUUGCUUUGUAAACCAGGAAGUACAUGGGAAGCCAGUUUGACUAAUGGCUCAUAAAAGGCUGGGUGUAUUUUUUAAAAGGUGUAGGUAAAAUAUUUUGGGACAGAAUUAAAAAAAAUUAAAUCUUCAAAUUUUGUCUUUUUUUUUGUUGAGGAAAAUAAAGUCUUCAGUGAGUUGUGA